AUGGGAGACACUUAAGAAAAUUCUUCCCCAUUUGAGAAUCCCAUAAAAUACGAAUCCUCUGUGCUAGUAAGAGGAGAUAAGUUCUAUGUUUAGUGUUUAUCAAGAGUACUUCUUGGUUUAUUCUUUCCUUUAGACCUAUUAGUGAGAAUACUAUCAUUAGAUUUUUCUUAAUAAAGAAUUAACAAUAUGCAUUUCCAUGUAAUCAAUAUGAUUCUUCUAAUCGGCUAAGCUUUUAUUUUACUUCUCAAUAAUGAUGAAUUUUAUGAGGUUAAAAUACAAUAAAUAGGCAUCUAUCUUACUUCUAGUUAAACAGUAGUAAUACUACUAGCAUUGAUCUAUAUAAUUUUCACUCUUAUUAUGGUUAAGGACGACUUGUUUUAAUCCAAUAGCUUUAGUUAUCAAGAAUUUUAGGGUAACUAAAAUCUAAAAGAAAGUUAACAAAUCAAUGUAUUAAGUGGAGGAAGUGCAAUAGGUCGGAAAAGAUCUUAAUCUUAGGAGUAGAAAUAAAACUAAAAGUAGGCAAGAGCAAAUAAUUAGUAGCAGGAUUCUGAAAUGAACUUUGAUAAUUAGAGCUUAUAGCUAUUCGACUCAGCAUCUUAGGCAGAAGAGACUGAUAGAAAUACAGAGGGAUUUGAUUCAAAGUAAGGUACCUAGAAGAAAAAUAGCUUGAUUGAAGGCAGAUAAAAGAAGAUGAACUUGAAUCUUGAGGAUAUUGAGAAUAUAUCAGAUCUUGAUCUAGAGUCAGUUAAGAAUUCUGACAGAGCUAUUACUUUCAACUAAUUUGAGUUGACAAAGAAUAUCAUGAUGAAUGGAAUAGGAAUAAAUGAAGAUAGCAAAGUUGACCUAAAUUAAACUAAUGGUGAGCUUGAUAAUUCAAAUAAAUAGGAUAAGAUCAACAGUAGUUAAAUAGAGCUUAUAACCUCAAUCACUGAUAAUCAAAUGAAUUCAGCAAGUUCUUCAGACAGAAGAAUCAGGAACCUUAACAUGACUCUUGACAACCCAAGAAAUAAUAGUCUCGGAUAAAUUACAGAUAAAACUAAUAGAAGAAGUUUAUUUGAGAGGACAAGAUAGAACAGUGUAUAAUUAAAUUCAAUGGAAGUUAAAAAAUUAACUGCUAAUCCGUAUGCAAAAUUAGAUGAAGAUCAGCCAAACUAAACUACAUAGGGACCUUAGGAGCAUAAUUUAAGUCCAAGUAAAUAAGAUCUUAAUAAGGGAUAAUCAUAAGAAAACAGCCAAAAUUAAAUAUCUCUAUAGAAUGAAGGAGUAAGGAGUGUUAAGAAUAUAUUGGGCCAAGAGUUUGUUAAGAGAUGGAUAUCAAUAACUAUAUUGGUUGCAAUGAUACAUUAAAGCAUAGAUGAUAAAUUAUAAAUUCAACUCUAGCGCCCUAAUAUUUAUGGUUUAAACUUAAAAGAGGCUAGCCAUAGUCUGUCUAAGUAUUGCUUGAUACCAAUAAUGCUUUAUCUACCUACAACAGUACUUAUUUUGAGGAAACUUGAGAAAAUCAAAUACAUUAGAUUGAUGAUCGCUUUAAUUAGCUUGACUGUUGUUUCAGAAAUUAUCAUGAUCUAGUACAAUACUAACAAGAAUAGUGAUGUAGCUCUGACAUUAGUCUUGAGUGGACUGGAAAAAACUUUUGCAUAUUCUGCAUUAGUAGUGCUUUUCGUCCUAGGUCUCAGGCUAGUAAAGAUUGAACAGAGAUAUUUUUAAGUGUCAAUUUUCUAUCUCUGCCAAAAUUUUGGUUUUCUUCUUGGGUCUUUGAUGGGAUAGACUCUCUAAAUUUCAAUUGCAAAGAGUAUGUUCCCUCAAAAUGUAUUAGGCAUAAUAUAAGUAAUACUCACUGUUAUUGCUCUGCUCUUUACAAUAUUUAUGGGAGGAUCUAAUGAAAAUGUUUAUAGAAGUUCUUCUUCCUCGGAUGUUUUAAGUGGGCCUUAAAGACUAGAACAAAUAUAGAAAUAGCUUGAAAAUCAAGAGAAGACUAUACUUGAUCCAGCAGUUAACUUGUAAUAUGUCGAUAGCAAAAAGAAGAAAAACAAAAAGUAAAAUUAAAAAUAGAAGAAAUCAAAGCUACAAGAGAUUCACGUUACAAAUCCCUAGCAGCCUUCUGAAGUAAUAGAUAAACUUGAGGAGGAAGAUGACAUUGAUAGAAGUUCUACAGUAAAUUAGAGCUAGCAGUAGUAGUUACAAUAGCAGUUUCAGCGUAGAGUCCUGUGA